AUGUCUACCAGCACCGUCAUCACCGACUUUCUGAUGCAGGUGUGGAGGUACACUCCCAGAGGAUGGAACUACAAGGACAAUGAAGGGACAGCUCAAUUCUUGGCGCAGAAUUGCGACCUGAAGGGUUGGACAGUGCACCCUACUUCACUCACUAGCAUCCACGACCAAGACAGCUUCGUUCCUCUGGAAGUAAACUUCCGGUUUAAAGGAUCAGCUGUGAAAGGGGCCCGCCGCGUUUACGAUCACUUGGCUGAUCUCAGGGAACUUUUUGAGGCUGUGCUCCCUUCCAAGAUUGAGGAAUUCUUUCUUGCCAAACAACAAAACUCAACGGCACACCACAUGGUGUUGGUGCCUGUCGGCAAGAUUUCGCCGGAGGUCGUACACAAGAAUACCCGUAUCAGGAUCCUGAGGUCUCUAGAAGUCCGGACGAGCACGGUUGUGGAACGAAAUCUGAUUACGCCAAUUGAUAUGUGCAAUCUUGCGUUAGAAGUUGUGCGUGGGUCUGCAAUAGGUGCCGAUCUAGCGACUAUGGUGCGCACGCUUCCGGCCAAGUGGAUGAUGGGGUCAUCAAUGGUUCAGGAGUUUGAUAAGCUCCGCAAGUCGAUACAAAUGAAUCAGCCUGAGGUCAACGGACCACUCAAGACGGUCGAGGACGUCACCAACGCCUGGAACAAGGCGGAGCCCUGCCUUGACCUCAUGUCCACCAUAAUCCGCCACAUUGAAGACUGCUUGGACUUGAGCCGAAUUCCCAAACAAAAGGAUAUCCCACCCCAGCAACUUUACGAGACGAUGCUAGGGCUCCGGAAUGCAACCAUUUUCUUCUCUGCGUAUGAGGACCAAAUGUUGAGCAUCGCCGCCGCAACCCCAACCAUUCUAAGGCCACCGAAUGGAGCCAAGACCGUGGUCGGAGCUACCGCAACAGCACUUAUGGUCGCCGCUGCUUUGAUGGUUUACACAUUCUUCACAGGAGGCACUGGCCUUAUCAUUGCCGGCGGUGCGUCAGGCGCUAUUCUAGGAGGCGGCGCAACAGCGGGCAUCGGAGCGUGGAAACGCAACAAACAUGCCUCAUUGUGUGAAAGUUGUAUGUGCAUCCAGAUGUACCGACUAGUUGUAUUAAUGCCCAUCUCAGUUAGCCGGAGCAUCAUUAACCUUGGCAAGGCGCUCACAGAUGCCAACAUUUGCUUAGCAGCAACCUACAGCUCUCAGGUUCUGCAGUUUCCUUUGCAUUCGUCGCAUUGUGCAUCCGCUCAGCGUGACGAGAUCCUUCGACAGCUAGGCGUAGAUACCCGGCAGUUGAAGAGAGAAGCUUACCAGCGCCCGGCACUUGAAAAGAACCUAGAGACAGUUUUGAACAUGUACAACGAAUUCCUCGUCGCGAGAGCCCAAGUGCAAAAAGAAGCCCGUGUCAGAACUAGGCAAAGUCUCACCCCGAAUUCUCCCGCUCAACCACCGCAGGGGCUCCAGAAUCGUUCGGCUCCUAGGCCGCAAAACCCUAUGCCCGUAGUAUCCAAACAGCGGGCCAUUGGUUCCAUCUCGACGCCAUCAGCACGGUUGAACCCCCGUCAGCCUCAGCCACGAGGAGCUUCGCCGGUAGCUGUCAAUCAAGGCGCCCCCGGUCAGCAACGUCAGCAGCAGCAGCGAAAACAACCCGUUUCCUUGCCGGCGGCACCAAGUCAACAGGCCUCUGGUUCACAACCGCGGCCUCUGCCAAUUCAAUUAAAGAACGACAACCCAUCUCCUCAAAGUCGACCGUCAAAGAACGCCGGCUCAUCUCGUCAAAGUCAACAGUCAAAGACAGGCCCCUUGACCGGUCAAAGCCGAGUGAACCCUGCAGACCCAGCUCGAUCAGCACCAAAGAUGAGGAGCUCAACCACUAGGUGA